GUGAUUGUGUAGAACGCCGAGGAAAUAAUAAAUUAUACUGGUCGCAAUUCCAAAUCCAAUUUCCACUUCUCAGGCUACCAGAUGGUUACGGCAUCAAUGAAAUACAUACUGAGUAGAAAUAAAAUAGUUACAGUAGCAGACAGUUCUUUCAAUAGUUCUUGUUGAUUUUCGACGAUUCCAGCACGUCUUUCACGCGACGCCGUUGUUUAGACUCUUACGCGUAAAAAUCACCUCGGCGACAUCAACUAACUCGCUUCAACAUCGACCAUGGGAGAGGGAAAGAGUUCUUCGGGUGGCGCGCACAAGCUCGGCGAUGCCGGCGCGCGCGACAUCCGGGCAGCGAACAUUUUGGCGGCCACCGCAGUGGCAGACACGGUCAGAACCAGUCUCGGACCAAGAGGCAUGGACAAAAUGAUCGAAGACCCGCGCGGCGAGGUCAUGAUCACAAACGACGGAGCAACCAUUCUGAAAGAGCUGUAUAGCGGUUGUUUUUUUGCUGCGGCAUUCAUUUCAGCGAUAAGAAGAAUGGCGUUAAUAUCUGGGAGCACGAGAGUUCUUGGAAGUUGAUUUGCAAUGAAAAUAUGGCCGCACUACAAACAAUGAAUGAGAUGAGCUGCUGCAAAAUAUUGCCAUAUGACACUCCACAACAGGCGCGUUUCCCAUCCCUGCGCAAAAAUGCUGGUGGACCUGUCACACUCCCAGGAUAUUGAAGCCGGCGACGGCACGACCUCCGUUGUUGUCACAGCGGGGUCUCUGCUGCAGCAGGCCGAGCAGCUGCUCGGGAAGGGUAUUAUUGGCUGCUUGUUGACUACACAGUGAGGUUUGGAAAAAAGAACACUCAGUUUGCGAAAAGUUUGCAUCCAAUGCGCGAACAGUAUUUGCGUUCCCCGUCGAUAAUGCCCUCCCUCAACCGCCGGUGGUGCGCAGCGUCGUGCAGAUUAUGACGGAAGAAAAGAUUAUUCACUUUUAUCCAGGUAUCCACCCGCAGACCAUCACAGAGGCUUUUCUGAAGGCCGAGGACAAAGCGGAAGAGAUUCUUGGCGAGAUGAGCAUACCAGUGACGCUGAAGGAUCGCGACGCUUUGAUCCGUAACGCCUCGACCUCUCUGAACUCGAAGGUCGUUGCUCAGUCUGCCGGCACUCUCGCUCCGAUCGCGGUGGACGCGGUACUUGAUAGCACUUAGUGGUUUAUUGUCUUUUCCAUAAAAUUUCUUCGGGAAUGAGAAUGACACGAGGGAUUGUGAUGUUCUGUGGCGCCUGAUUUGAACAAGCAUACUUUAUUUUUCAUGCUUCUGGUAGUACCUCUACCUGCACCAAGACGUCGACUUGCCACCUUUAUCUUUGCAAAAUACAGGUCCUGAAAUUGGUCGGCGACGACGACAGGACGGACAAUGUCGAUUUGAAUGAUGUGCGGAUAGCCCAGAAAAUCGGCGGCACUAUGGACGACACGGAAUUGGUGGACGGGCUGGUUCUAACUCAGCAAGUCGUCCGCAACGCCGGCGGCCCAACCCGGGUCAAGGACGCGAAAAUUGGUAUAAUUUGCUCUUUCUGCCAUGCAUAUACUUGCAUUGCAUUCAUCCUUGGGAUGUUCUUGCCGUGGAAAGUUGUGACAACGAUGUAAUGAAUUAGACGAUCAUGUUCAACACGAAUAUAAACUCAUCAGGUUUAAUCCAGUUCUGCCUGUCCCCGCCAAAAACGGAUAUGGAAAGCAACGUCACUGUUAAGGACUACAACCAGAUGGACCGCAUCUUGCGCGAGGAACGAAUGCACAUCGCGAAAAUGGUAUUCAAUCUGAGUUUCUGCUUUCGAUGUUUUCUUGCAGAGCAAACCGCAUCUAGUACUUUACUUAUUUUCUUUUGACUUUGCUGCCGCGAUGAACCAACACCUUGACGACUUCGGCGCGAAAAUGUUUUUCCAGGUGAAGAAGAUCGCUCAGACCGGAUGCAACGUCUUGCUGAUCCAGAAGUCGAUCCUUCGCGACGCUGUCACGGAUUUGAGUCUGGACUUCUGCGCGAAAAUGAAAAUUAUGGUCGUCCGCGACGUGGAACGGGAGGACAUCGACUUUAUCUCGCGCAUACUCGGCUGCGAGCCGGUGGCCGACCUGGAAAAUUUCACGAAGGACAAACUCGGAGAGGCGGGCUUGGUGUACGACGACAAUUUAGGUACAACUGCAUUGACUGUGCUUUUUGUGAAAAAAUUUUACAUCACGUUUCUGGUGUUUAAUUUUUACGCUGCAUUCAUUUGAGGAACAAGACAUGUUUGCUUCCCUCCAAGAAGCAGAUGAGUUGUAAACGACCCAAUCAACGGACGGCACAAAAAACUUAUGAUCCCAGGUACAUCGGGCGCCAUGGGGGUGACAAGGUUUUGCGAACUGAAAGCGGCAGAGAAGAAGUGCGUGAGCAUCCUGGUGCGGGGCUCAAAUCAGAUGCUGCUCGCGGAAACCGAGCGAAGUCUCCAUGAUGCCCUGUGCGUGGUCCGAUCUCUGGUGAAGAAGAAGGCACUGAUUCCGGGCGGUGCCGCGCCGGAAAUGGAAAUGAGUACGAAGCUGAAAAAAUGGGCCAGGACGGUAAGGAACUUUUAUUGGGAAUAAACCUCAAGAUAAUUCUUGAAAAGAGCACUCACCGCUCGAAAGGUUCUUUCUCAUGCUUAGUAUUUUCGACAGGCACAAUUAAUUAUGUCUCGAACGAAACACUUGCACUACCACUAUCAGAUCGGCGGCGUCGAGGCGAUUUGCGUGGAGUAUUUCGCGGAGGCCCUGGAGCGAAUCCCCUAUACCCUCGCGGAAAACGCCGGGUUGAACCCCAUCGACAUUGUGACGAAGCUCCGCACCGCCCACGUGGACGGCCAGAAGUACGCGGGCAUCAACGUGAAAAAGGCGUGCAUCAGCGACAUGCUGGCCGAGAACGUGGUCCAGCCCCUCCUCGUCUCCGUCAGCAUCAUCAAAAUGGCGACGGAAACCGUGCGACUCAUCCUCAAAAUCGACGACAUCGUCAUGACCAGGUAAGGACGUAUGGGAUGGUGCAGGUGGUGUGAUGGAGUAAGGUGGACCAGGUAACAGCGGGGUGAUGGAGUAACGCAGUCUCGUCCUGAGAGUGACUUGAUCUGCCGCACGAAGCAUACAUGCUGAUUGCGUUGCUGUGUGAAAUGAAACCAAAAGCGACCCUGGCAUGAUGAUUGGAUGGUCUCGAUUCAGCUUUACACGACAUCUACAUUGCUUCACCCCAAAUCGUGACCAACACAUUUUUUUAGGUGUUUAUCAGUUCUUGAAUGAAAUUUCUACAUAUUUCUGGAGCAGUCUUGCUGGGCGAAUAAUUUGAAUGCCGAACAACAUCGUUUUUUUGCAGAUGCUGCAUCGAUCUCUCGUGUUCGUGCUACACCAUGAAGUGAUCCACACACACCGAUCAAUCUAGCUGCUUCAUCAAGUCAGGAGGUGCCUCUGUUGCGUGUCCGGCCUGACACCAUUCACGUGGUACUUAAUGCAAGCAGAGACCUUUUGGCGGAUGGAUGCACACCGUCUCAACACCUCCUUGUG